AUGUCGGCUUCGGUAAUAUCCACUGAUAGCCGCCGGUCAACUGGCCAACCUGAGAGAAUAGGCAAUUACCAACUCGGUAAAGAAAUUGGUAAAGGGUCAUUUGCGACAGUUUACAAGUGUAUCAAUUUAAAGACAAACCAGGCAGUGGCCAUCAAAUCCGUUGUCAGAUCCAAAUUAAAGUCCAAGAAGUUGUUGGAGAACUUGGAAAUAGAAAUCUCCAUUUUGAAGUCCAUGAAACAUCCUCAUAUCGUGGGAUUGUUGGAUUAUGAGCAGAGCUCUUCUCACUUCCAUUUGGUCAUGGACUAUUGUUCCAUGGGAGAUUUGUCUUACUUCAUCAGAAAGAGAAACCAGCUUAUCAAAACUCACCCGGUCAUAUCUAGUCUACUCGAUCGGUACCCUUCACCUGAAGGAUCCCAUGGUCUUAACCAAGUCUUGGUGAUCCACUUUUUAAAGCAAUUAAGCUCGGCCCUACUGUUCUUGAGAGAUAAGUCUUUGGUCCAUAGGGAUAUCAAGCCUCAAAACCUCUUAUUGUGCCCUCCUUCUCAUUCUAAGGAAGACUUUGAAGCAAAUCAUUUUGUGGGACUCUGGGAAUUGCCCAUUUUGAAGAUUGCAGAUUUUGGCUUUGCCAGAUUCUUGCCCUCUACGUCUAUGGCUGAAACUUUGUGUGGCUCUCCGCUUUAUAUGGCUCCUGAGAUUUUGAGAUACGAAAAGUAUAAUGCUAAGGCCGACUUAUGGUCCGUUGGUGCAGUGUUGUACGAGAUGACAGUUGGAAAGCCCCCUUUCAAGGCUGCCAACCAUAUCGAGUUAUUAAAGAAUAUUGAAAAGUCAAACGACAGAAUCAAGUUCCCCUCAUCUUCUAAGGUCCCAGAUAGCUUGAAGAAGUUGGUUAGGUCCUUGUUGAAAUACAAUCCAACCGAGAGAAUCAGCUUUAAUGAGUUUUUCAAUGAUCAGUUGAUUGUAGAUGAGUUGGACAGCGUUGACAAGCCUUUGGAAACUAGUCAAUUAGAUGAAAACUUGUUUAUCUCUGAGUACAUCUCACCCAUUCCAAAGAUUACCAACAAAAUUGAACCUUUAACUAAGUUAAGUUCUCAUGAAGAUAAGGUAAACCCUCAUGAGUUGAGAAAUACAACUGCCUCUUCAAAGGAGAACAGAGAUGAAGAAAUCAAGAAGAUCAUCAACAAGAAUAGUCCUGGUCCUGAGCCUAUGUCUGAAUCAAUGAGGCGCAACGCUGGUUCCAAUAAAUUCCAUGACUCUCUAAUCAAGAAUGAUAGUGCUCUUUUGGAAAAGGAUUAUGUUGUUGUUGAAAAGAGAGCAGUUGAAGUCAACGCAAUCGCUGAUGAGUUGGCCCAAGCUGGAAGUGGUGCAGUUGCUAUUCGUCGGUCUUCUUCAACCUCAAGCGGUGGAUCAGGUGAAAACAAUUCCUUGAAGUAUGCUUCUCCUCAUUUUAAAAAAUAUUCAACCAGAAGCAACUCUGGAACUAGUCAAAGAAGACCUAGUCUUAGUGAUAGAAGGAUUUCAAUCUCGAUUUCUCCUUCCAAUGCUUUGAGCAAAGCUAUUGGUUUGGCCUCCAAUAGAUUAUUCGGUUAUAACAACCAAAUCCUGGAGGAAGCGAACAGGAAAAUAUUGUUAGAUGGGGCUGCUAGUGGUUUCGGGGAAAGUUCAGCUUUCUUUACUAGCCCAAACUUCACGAACCAGUUGUUGUCACAUAAAUUUAACUUGCCAACUUCUAGUUCACUUCAAGCUCAAGGACAAGGAAUCAGUCAAAUUCAAAGCUUGUCCGCUGAUGAAGUUGUGUUACUCAGAUUGGAAUCAUUAGCUACAAAGGCUCAUGCAAUAAAUUUGUUUGCUGAUGUGAAAUUCACUCAAUUGAUUCCUUCACCACCUUCUAAUGACGAUGAUUUGGAUGAUGAUUUACUCCAUCAGAACGAUAUAUUGCCACCAAAGAUGAUUAAAACCAUCAGUGAGGAAGGAGUUGUCUUGUACGUGAAGACUUUGUCCCUCUUAGCAAAGGGAAUGACUAUUGCAAGUGAAUGGUGGUAUAGUCAAGUUGAGGUUGAGCGCAGCAACAGUGAUUCUCAAAUCAACACAAGAAGCCAUGGGUCAAGCCCUAGUCCAACUCCUAGCUUGAACUCAAAUAUCAAUAUAUCUGUUAGGAUCAAUGAAUUAGUCCAGUGGAUCAGAGAAAAAUUCAAUGAGAGUUUGGAGAAGGCAGAGUUUAUUAAAUUAAGAUUGCAAGAAGUUGAUUCGAUAUUGGAAUCAGAGUCUGGUGAGCAAGGAUCUGAUUCCAACUUGACUAGUAUGGUAUCCAACUUGUCUGUAUCUGGUAAUAAAGCUGUGGCAGAAAAGUUGAUUUUUGACAGAGCAUUAGAAAUGCUGAGAAACGCUGCUGUCAAUGAAUUAGUGAAGGAGGACUUGAAAGGUUGCGAAUUAGCAUACUCCACUGCUAUUUGGAUGUUGGAAGCUUUGUUAGAUGAUGAUUUGGAAAGCUCCAAUAAGUUGGAUACAGAAGACAAACAAAUGAUUGAGAAGUUUGUUGUCAGCAUUGGAAACAGGUUAUCCGUUUUAAAGAGAAAGCUUGACUUCGCAGGAAAUUGA